AUACUGACAGAAUCAAAAGCCCACAAAUCGGCCCGACGCAACCCACGUCGUUCAGGUGUGUAGAAAUCGUCUCGGCGAUUUCCGAUUCAUCUCGUUCUUCCAAGGCCACAGGGUUCACAGAUUCUCUUCAAGAUGGAAUUCUGCAAUUCAUUCAUAUUCUUCACUCUGUUAAUCAUCCUCCCUCUCGCCCGGUGCGAGGAUACUGGUACGGUGCUUUUCGUCGAUAGCUCGUCGCAUCAAUAUCUUCGAUCUCAUUCACCCGAUGAUGGCGUCGAGCUUAGUUCGAUGUCACUUCCAGAAGUUGGUGCUGCUGUGUCGGUCUUGCUUGGUUUUGCACCGUCUUCAACACUUUCAGCUUCUGGUUCAUCUAAGUUGAAUGGGAUUUUGAUGCCAAAUCCUCUUGAUAGGCCUCGUUCAGUUUUUAUGCUUGAAAUUAAAGGAGCAUAUGAUCCUGAAUUUGUAAACCUCGAAAGUGGCUUGUCCGGAAAUGUCCUUACGAGCAAGGUUCAUGCAGGUUCUGAGAGUGCUGACAUCCAACUUCCUGGUGAGGAUGAAGUGUCUAUUGUUCCUUUGAAUGAACCAUUGUCAGAUUAUACAGAUGAAGACAUUAGAGAAUUUGCCUCUUUUAUUGGUGGAUCUUAUGCUGCUGAUGCAUCAAAAACUUUAAAUGGGGAAUUGGCUGUGCCUUUGAGUGAUGCUGUUCAGAUAAAUCUUCAUCUGUCUAAGACAGGGGACAGAGAAAUUGUAGGCAGUUUUUUAUGUCUAGUUCACAAUAUUAAAAGGGCUAUACACAUUCAUGAAGAUUUGUCACAAAAUGUGCAAAGUCCAUCUGAGCUUAUCACCGGCUCGUUCAAUAGCAUCAAGGCAUUCAAAGAUCAAAGUGAUUCUGAAGGAGAUGCUGAUCGUAGAUCGAGACUAUUUACUGUUACCUUGUCCAAGAUAUUCCACUUACUCCAAAAAGCAUAUGAUGGUCAAAUUGUUGGAGUCAUUUUCUUUUCUGGAUCAUCAUCACCAAAGGCAGAAAAAGGAUUAAAUGUGAUGUUUAAGCCUCGGCGGACUCCACGUUGGUUGGUGGAAGACGUCAAAGUUAACACAAGUAUUCAAGAAGUUAUAUUGGUUAGGACUACCCUUGCCUGGAUCACAGGAAUCAUCCUUUUGAUUGCUACUCUUAUGGGGUCAUGCUGCCUUCUAAGGAUGCCACUGACAAGGGACACCCUCCUCUAUUCUAACGUCAAAUUGGACUAAGAUCGAACGAAACCGCCAACUGAUGGAUGCUCGACAUGGUCAUUGUCCACCAUUGAAGCAUUUUCGCCAUGAGAUUUGUGUAAGUGCCCUUUCAGCAACGUUCUUGUCUACAUUUUGAUGUAGAAAACCUUAUUAUUAAUGGUAGCAAUGGUAUGGUAUGCUUUCUACAAGUUAUUGAUAGCUAUAUAUUGAAUGGAUAACAAGAUGGGUUGUUGUACAAUAAAGUUAUUUUUGAAACGAGAUUCGUUUAUGUAUAUUAUCAAAGUUCACCGAUCACCGAGGUCAAAACGCUUCUCGUUAGUGAUUUGGUAGAUUGUGAGAAGUGGUGAUGAAGAUUAUUUA